AUCUAUACAGUUUUUCAAGUUUAAUGGAAUCGCGUCUCCGCAGCUUUUCACGCGUUUACGUACAUGUAAUGAAAUGCUUCUGAAGACAAGCAUUUUAAUCGUAUCUUAUAUAAAGAAGCCCGACAAGCUACAACCAUUAUUAAAUUAAAUCUGGGCAUCAAAGAAUAUCGGUUGACAGGAAUAAUCACUAUUUGAACAUCUUCCAAUUACAGUUCCUAUACCUUCAAAUUGAGUUGGACCGUUCCAUUUUUAGGACCCUGAACUGCGACUUAUUCUAAACAUCCUUCUCGGAGCUUGGCCUAUUCGUGCUUCUACCACCUUGAGAGAUCUUGUCGCAAUGCCGUAUAACACAACGGCAAUUCCGCCUCGCAAGGAGGUCACGGGCCAAACUCAGCUGCCCUUGUCACGAGUGAAGAAGAUUGUAGCUCAGGACCAGGACAUUAGCAUAUGUUCCAACAAUGCCGCAUUCGUCAUCACACUUGCGACUGAGAUGUUCAUCCAAUAUCUCGCCGGCGAAAGCUUCACCAUGGCCAAACUCGGCAAACCCCGCCGCAACAUCCAGUACAAGGACCUUGCAGCUGCCGUCUCGCACCAAGACAACCUCGAGUUCCUCGAGGACGUGAUCCCCAAGACAGCCCCAUACAAGCAGAUCAAAGCGCAAGCAGCCGCCACGCGCAACCAGCUCAGCAGCGGCGCACCCGGCAUCCAACGGGCGGGCGACAAGCAGCGCGAGGUGCCGGCGACGAAUGGAGGGGUUUCGGCAAAGAAGCACAGGCCUAGCACCAGUCGUUCGAGCUUAAAUGGAGGCAGCUUCGUGGGCGCUAGUGGUGCUCGGAUCAUGAGCGAUGACGACGGUGCGGAGAUGGACCCGGCGGAUCAACUGCAUCAUGAGAUGCGGCAGGCGAAUCGGGAAGAGGAUGAGGAUGUCCAAAUGAGUGGAUAGGGGCUAUAAUGUCUGGGUUUCGAUAUUGAUAUAAGUGGCUAAAUAUAAGUCUGACAGAAUGUUCUAAUUCCACUACGCAAGGCUGGAUUUAAUUGUGGCAGGAUAGAGCACAUUGUGUGGAUUGUUCCCGGGUGGUUAGUCCGUAGCAGAUCAGUCAUCAUGAAUCGAUUUACUUGCUUGC